CGCACCACUCGCCGCCGAAUAUUCUGGGCGAAACUGAUUAUGCGCGUUCCGCCAGUCUGUUCCUGAUGUGUUGGGGGGCUGCAUUUGUUCAGCCCAUGUUUCAGCAGCAGAAGUGACAAAACAUCUCACGAUGCAGACUCUCACACCGCACGUGUUUUGGGCCCAGAGGCACGGCGAAAUUUACCUGCGGGUGGAGAUAAGCGAUGCAAAGAACCUUGACAUAAGUGUACAAGGGAACACCCUUCAGUUCAGAGGUCAGGGUCAUGGAGCAAAGGGAGAAAAUGAAUAUGAAUUCAGCUUGGAAUUCUUAAAACCAGUGAAAGCUGAGAUAAAACACAAAUCCACCCAGCGUCAGGUAAAUAUCACGGUGAGAAAGCAGAAGCACUGCUGGUGGGAUCGGCUCACGAUGCAGGAGAAGAAGCCAGUGUUUUUAGCCCCUGACUUUGACCGCUGGUUGGAUGAGUCUGAUGCUGAGAUGGAGUUGAGGCAAAAGGAAGAAAAAAUAAAUAAGGUAACCAUUGAGUCCAGGAUUCCAAAGGACCCUUACUUAGGCCUGAAAAAAGGAUAUCUUUUCAUGUACAACCUGGUCCAGUUCCUUGGAUUCUCUUGGAUCUUUGUUAACAUGACUGUUCGCCUAUUUAUACUUAGAGAAGAUUCUUUCUAUGAUACCUUUCACACCAUUGCUGAUGUGAUGUACUUCUGUCAGAUGCUAGCCAUUGCUGAGGUUAUUAACCCUGCUUUGGGGUUAGUCAGGACUGGUGUGAUGCCUGCCUUUAUUCAGGUGAUGGGGAGGAACUUUGUUCUAUUUGUCAUCUUCGGGAGCCUUGAGGAAAUGCAGAACAAACCUGUUGUUUUCUUUGUCUUCUAUCUUUGGAGUGCUAUUGAGAUAUUUAGGUACCCCUUUUAUAUGUUGACAUGCAUUGACACUGAAUGGGAAAUACUGACUUGGCUACGGUAUACUAUUUGGAUUCCACUGUACCCACUUGGUGUUCUUGCUGAAGCUGUGGCAGUCAUCCAGUCUAUCCCCAUCUUCAAUGACACAAAAUUCCUAAGCAUCCCUCUGCCUGAGGUCCUUGGCUCCUCCCUCAGCUUCUCCUACAUCCUGCAGCUCUACUUGCUAGUCAUGUUUUUGGGACUUUUCAGCAACUUCCGUCAUCUUUACAAGCAGAGGAGAAGACGUUUCCGAAUGAAAAAGAGAAAAGCCAAUUGAGAUGCUCAUGGAAGAAAUGAAAUGUGCUGCCUUUAGCAGGACCACAUCAGUCUAUUGUUUUCUGCUCUCUAUCUAGAGAAGGCUAUAUCUAGAAGCAGAAUUGUCUAUUCCUCUGCUGAAUUAAAAAGAAAUAAUUUACAGAGUAACUUUCAAAAUCAAUCAGAACUUGACCCAACUAUGUAACAAAUCGGUUUAUUUAAUAAGGAUCAAAGUAUUUAAAAAAUCUAGCCGUUAUUUCCAUUUUGUUUAGUUAUGUAUGUUUAGUGAAUUUUGGGGUUGAAAAUGUAAUAACACUCCCCCAUCAGUCAUUUCCUGGAACGGUUAUGUAUGUUUAUCUCUGCAGAAUAGCAGACAACCUGUUAUAGGGACCAACAACCUCAGGGACUGUAAAAGUUUAACAAAGCAGUAGAAACCCACAAAGUGGGCAAAAAUCUGUUAUGUUACUUCAUGAAAACACUGAAUACCAGGCAACGAAUGAUUGUUUAAAAUUAUGCUAAACUAUCAGAUGAAUGAUUAUGAUCAACUACAUUACAAAUGUGUGAUGCACUUUUA